GCUCAAUGUCCAUCAGUAUCGUUCCGAACUCAAGCUUCGACCAACUGGAGUCUGAUCCACCAUGAGCCAGCAAAGAGCAGCGAAUACUGCGAAGACUGAAGCCGUGAAAAUAGUUAUAUUCGAUCCAGAACGCUACCCGGCCUAUCCUGGAGAAGCCUUCAACAAUCGCUACGUAGUUCAACGCAAGCUCGGGAACGGUCAUCAUUCUGACGCAUGGCUCGUGGGGGAUCGCGCAUUUGCAGAAGCCGAAAACAGUAGUUCGAUGCCAGGGUGCGUGUCUCCUCACUAGAAUCCUCCUAAGUGGCGUACAACCAACGAUCAU